AUGUCGGUCCGCAUAGCUUUCGAUAAUCCUCCAGAGUUCUAUACCAACCUCGACAUCAUCUCUGGGAGGGUGAUGCUAGGAAUCAACCGGCCUGAAAACAUCGGCGCAGUCAUUGUCAAGCUCGAAGGUGAAUCCAAGACCGCCCUGAGCGCGCCUGACUAUCCAGGUCUCAACCCGAAAUCACCUGGGCUUCAGAAGUCUCAGGUCGUCCACGAGAACCACAAGGUCCUGUACAAGGUGCAGCAGGUCUAUCCCGACGAGAGCGUCCCGGCCUACUCCCCGUCUAUACUGCUGAAUCCCGGCCAGCAUGUGUGGAAUUUCAAGUUCAAGGUGCCCUUCAACAAUGCCUGCGGUGAUCCAAACGCCAUGGCACAGAUAGGAGGUCUGGCAGGGGCAGGAGGCUUCGCGGGGCCCAGUUUCUUCGGCAUGGGCGGCAUCAGGCUGAUGGACGGGAGCAAGCAGCUCUUUUACAAGCAUGUCACCAAGACGCUGCCUCCCAGCUUCACGGGGUUCCCAGGGCAGGCGGAGAUUCGCUAUUAUGUCAAGGUCACAAUACAGCGGCCGGGACUCUUCAAGGAGAACCUGAGGCAUCAGAUCGGGUUCAAAUUCCUGCCCAUUGAGCCGCCACGACCACCAGUCACGAACCAGGAGGCCUAUGCGAGACGACCUUUCACAUUCCGGCCAAAGAGCCCUGGUCUAGGGGGGCCCUCGACACCGCCCCUCAACCCAAAAAGGAGCUCCAUGUUUGGGCGCAAGGCAAGCGCCCGAUCGCUCGACGUCAACGGUGCCUCAGACGCCGAUCAGCCGCCGUCGGUGGAGCUCUCUGCACGUCUCCCACAUCCCGCGGUACUGACCUGCAAUAAACCUGUCCCGCUUCGCCUCAUCGCCAAGAAGCUCGCAGACAGCCGAGCAGAGUGCUACCUGACGUCAAUGCAGAUGGAGCUCGUGGGCGCAACUACCGUACGAGCCCAGGGUCUCGUCAACACCGAGGUCACAAAAUGGGUCGUUGUCUCGAGACAUGGUCUUGCUGUGCCUCUGCAGUGGGGCCCCGACGAUGCAGUCGGCAGAGAGAUGGAGGUCAACGAGGUGCUUUGGAACUCAAAGCCGCUUCCGAACACUGUGAUGCCUACUUUUGUCACAUGCAACCUCAAACGAACAUAUGCCCUCGAGCUCAGACUGGGGGUGAGCUGGGGAAAACCACCAGGAACGACAUCAAAAGGCAAAAACCACGCCGUGCCCGAUCUGACCCAAACGCUCUUCCUGCCGUUGCACUUUAGCGGAGUGCAGGUUUACUCGGGUCUGACGCCGCCCGCGGGACUGGCGCAAGCCGCCAUGACGAGCCGCCGGCAGCAGACACGCACGUCGUCACAUGCAGGACCAAGCUCGAGACCAUCGCCGCGACCGAACGCGGCUGCGUCGUCGGUGUCGAGCCCCUCGCUGCCACCAAGACAGCAACAAAACGACCCGCUCUACCCGCCCCAGCUGCAGCCAGGUCAGGGAGUUGCGCCUCCGUCCUAUGAUGAGGCACCACCUAGCUACGACGAGGCAAUGGCGGACGCCCUGGCACCUGUCUCGGUGGAGGGGCGGCCUGCGUGGAGUGGCGUCACGAAUGAGAAUGCGCCGGAUACCCUGGCAUCGAAGAAUUGAGGAGGAGAAGGAAAAAGAAGAGGAAUCGCACAUGCGUUGUUUCUUUGUGAACGGUGCGUUGAUGAAGUCAGAGAAGCUUUCCCAGCAGAUUUGGACCAUCAGAGCAUCAAAGUGGUGGUGGAGUUCGUCCACUGGACAGGCGUCAAUGGAGGGGCGGUAGGACACUUGCACUUUGUAGCUCGUGUUAUUGUUUUACAGAUACCCCAUGAAUACGAUACGAGCAAAUGUAUUCAUUUCAACG